AUGAAGGUUGAAACCGACUAUAAACUCAAGGAGGCUCUGAUCAAGAUGGGCAUUGAUGACAUGUUCAGCGACGAGGCUGAUUUGAGCGGAAUCGUCAAAUCUCCCAAGUUGAAAGUUUCAGAUGCUGCGCACAAAGCAAUUAUCGAGAGAACAACUUACUCAAAGCUUCAUCUCGUGAUUGCUCACAACAUAAACCAGGCCUUACUAUAUACUCUAACCUUUCAGGUGGACGAAGAAGGCACCACCGCAGCUGCUGCUAGCACGGUUAAAAUUGUCCCAAUGAUGUUAAUUAUGGAGGAACCAAAGAAGUUUGUUGCCGACCAUCCCUUCUUGUUCAUUCUAACCAAAGAUAUGAACCCGUUAUUUAUGGGACAAUUUGUAUAG